AUGAGCCGUGGACAGAAUGGUAUUGGCCAUGGUACAGAACGGUCUGUCUGGUCCAUUGGCUGUGGUCUGGGCGGCAAGCUAGGCCACGGCACAAACAAGGAUGACUCGCACGGUUCACGUGGCAAGCUCCGUCCGGCUGUGAAAGCAUGCCACGUGGCAGCAGGGGAUUACACGACGUUUGUGGUGGGGGAGGGCGGCGAGGUGUGGUCGUUUGGGAGCGCGGAGAGCGCGUGUUUGGGGCAUGGGGGCGGGUGGGAGAGGGAGGAAGAGGAGGAAGGCGAAGAGAUCGAUGAUGUUGAUCUGCACGAUAUCGUGGUGAGUAGUGUGGUGGGUGUAGGGUCAUGGGUCAUGGCUGCGGCAGCACCGGAGGCGCAACCGGGAUGUGAUGCAGCCCAGGCGGAUGUCUCUGAGCUGCUCAUUCCCCUGCUUCUCUUACCCCUCCUGCAUUCCCUCUCCCUUACACUGCCCACUUCCCCCACAUUCUCCCAGCUGCGGCAGCACCGGAGGCGCAACCGGGAUGUGAUGCAGCCCAGGCGGGUGUCUCUGCUGGAGGAGCGAGCUACCCGCUUCUCUUACCCCUCUUGCUCUUCCCUCUCCCUUACACUGCCCACUCCCCCCACAUUCUCCCAGCUGCGGCAGCACCGGAGGCGCAACCGGGAUGUGAUGCAGCCCAGGCGGGUGUCUCUACUGGAGGAGCGAGCUGCCCACCCCCCGGCUCCUCUUCCCACUGCCCCGGCUCCUCUUCCCACUGCCCCGGCUCCUGCUCCUGCUGCUCCUGCUCAACGCAUUGCGCGCACGCCCCGGGCGCACGAAGAGCACCGCCGUCAGCGCCAGCUGACCGACAUUGUCGGCCGUGGCGCGACCACGCGUGUGCACACGUCUGAAGAUCCAAGCGCUCCAAUAACAUACGGAGGAGGGCCUGUGAUGACCGGAAACCCGUCCAUCAACGUGUACAUCACCUACUACGGCAGCUGGCCGGCAGGAUCGGGGCAGAAAAUAAUCGAGAAUUUCAUCAGAUCGCUGAGCGCGGACUCGCAGCGGCAGGGGAGUCCCGCGGAUCCCAAGGUGAAGCGCUGGUGGGCGAUCAGUGCGGCUACGCAGGAGGAAGAGGACGGCACAAAGACGAACGUUAGGAAGGUGCGCCUCGCCAGGACUGUCCGUGACAACUACUCGGCGGGAAAGGAUUUUGGCAAAGACACGGGGAGCGAUAAGCUAUCAGACGUGGACGGGCGGCAGUGCUCGGCUCUCUUCACCUCCACGCCCUUCACCCACGAGCUCUUUCAGGGGCUGCUCUCCGUGCGCGCGAUUACUGCCACAGGCAACAUCAAGGCGCUCCAUGCUGAGCUGGCGCUGGUGACGUCAGCGGGGAAGGCUGCCACGUGGAAUGGCAUCACUCACACCACCGUGAAAGCCCAAGAGCGAGUUGGACCCUGUGGCUGUUUGAUUGGCACGGCCACCAUUGCUCUCACUGACUUGAUCAAAGUUCCUGCAGCAGCAGCCGCCGCCGGCCUGCAGCAGCAGACGCCGCCGCCCUGCAGCAGCAGCCGCCGCCAGGCCUGCAGCAACAGACGCCGCCGCCCUGCAGCAGCAGCCGCCGCCAGGCCUGCAGCAGCAGCUGCCGCCAGGGUCUGCAGCAGCAGCCGCCGCCAGAGCCUGCAGCAGCAGCCGCCGCCAGAGCCUGCAGCAGCAGACGCCGCCAGGCCUGCAGCAACAGACGCCGCCGCCCUGCAGCAGCAGCCGCCGCCAGGCCUGCAGCAGCAGCCGCCAGGCCUGCAGCAGCAGCCGCCGCCAGAGCCUGCAGCAGCAGCCGCCGCCAGAGCCUGCAGCAGCAGCCGCCGCCAGAGUCUGCAGCAGCAGCCGCCGCCAGAGCCUGCAGCAGCAGCCGCCGCCAGCGCCUGCAGCAGCUGCCGCCCCUGGACCCGGUACGCUCUGUGCUGCCCUGUGCUGCCCGUGCUUGUGCUGCCUGUGCCUGUGCUGCCCGUGCCUGUGCUGCCCGUGCCUGUGCUGCCCGUGCCUGUGCUGCCCGUGCCUGUGCUGCCCGUGCCUGUUGCUGCCCGUGCCUGUGCUGCCCGUGCCUGUGCUGCCCGUGCCUGUUGCUGCCCGUGCCUGUGCUGCCCGUGCCUGUUGCUGCCCGUGCCUGUGCUGCCCGUGCCUGUGCUGCCCGUGCCUGUGCUGCCCGUGCCUGUUGCUGCCCGUGCCUGUGCUGCCCGUGCCUGUGCUGCCCGUGCCUGUGCUGCCCGUGCCUGUUGCUGCCCGUGCCUGUGCUGCCCGUGCCUGUGCUGCCCGUGCCUGUUGCUGCCCGUGCCUGUGCUGCCCGUGCCUGUUGCUGCCCGUGCCUGUGCUGCCCGUGCCUGUGCUGCCCGUGCCUGUGCUGCCCGUGCCUGUGCUGCCCGUGCCUGUGCUGCCCGUGCCUGUGCUGCCCGUGCCUGUUGCUGCCCGUGCCUGUUGCUGCCCGUGCCUGUGCUGCCCGUGCCUGUGCUGCCCGUGCCUGUGCUGCCCGUGCCUGUUGCUGCCCGUGCCUGUGCUGCCCGUGCCUGUGCUGCCCGUGCCUGUUGCUGCCCGUGCCUGUGCUGCCCGUGCCUGUGCUGCCCGUGCCUGUUGCUGCCCGUGCCUGUGCUGCCCGUGCCUGUUGCUGCGCGUGCCUGUGCUGCCCGUGCCUGUGCUGCCUGUGCCUGUGCUGCCCGUGCCUGUGCUGCCCGUGCCUGUUGCUGCCCGUGCCUGUGCUGCCCGUGCCUGUGCUGCCCGUGCCUGUUGCUGCCCGUGCCUAGUGCGCUCUGCUACUGUCUGCGCCCCCGUUUCCGGCUUUGCUCAUAA